AUGUCGGCGUCACGAGUUGAGGACAUUACUGUUGGCGUUCAGGACAUUGACUUCCACCAUCCAUAUACUCCGUAUGAUGUACAAGAGCAAUUCAUGAAGGCUGUCUAUCGUGUUCUUGAGCAAGGAGACGGUCAAAUUGGUAUUCUGGAGAGUCCAACAGGCACAGGCAAAUCACUUUCUCUUAUAUGCGCCGCUUUGACAUGGCUGCGCAAUCACAAAAAGGACACAUUCGAGGCCUCUGUGAAAGACGCAGCGGACGCGUUUCAAGAUGAGCCCGAUUGGAUUAUUGAGCAGAUGCUCAAGAGGAAACGGGAAGAGGUGGUUCGGCGUUGGGAAGAGCGCGAGGCGAAACUGCAGCGCAUCCGUGCCAAAGAAAAGCUGAUGGAGGGGCGAGGCAGCAAGAGGAGACGAGUCGAUGAUCCAGGUCCCAAGUCUGAUCCAUCGGGCGCCUCGGAAGAAGACGAAUGGCUGCUUGACGAGAGGAAUGAACAAGAGGCGCAACAGCCGAGCGAAACCUCAAGUUUUAGCAAAGAAACGCGUAAUCUUAUGGAAAAGCUCGGGAUGGGAUCGCUCAAAAAGGAGGACGACGACGAUCAAAUCGACGAACCCAUCAAGAUUUACUAUACUUCGCGAACACAUUCGCAACUUACCCAAUUCAUAUCGGAACUGCGCAGACCAAAAUUUCCGUCCUCGGUUCCAGCAGACCUACUGCUUGGUGGUAGCAAGUCAGAUGCUGAAGUUGUCAAGCUCCUUCCGCUAUCCUCGAGGCAGCGUUUAUGUAUCAACCCAUCUGUAUCGAAACUUGGAACACUAGCCGCAAUCAACGACAAAUGUAGCGAGCUUCAACAAUCAAAAUCCGGCUCUAAAUGUCAAUAUGUCCCGGGAGCAGAUAAUCUUGGCCAAACGCAUCAAUUCCGAGAUAAUGCAUUGGCGACAUUGCCUGAUAUUGAGGAUUUGUACGGUUUGGGCAAGGAACUGUCAAUAUGCCCCUAUUAUGCAUCCAGAACAGCUGUUCCAGGUGCUGAGAUAAUCACUCUGCCAUACCCACUACUCUUGCAAAAGACUGCCAGAGAUGCACUCGGCAUCAAUCUGGAAGGUAAUGUGGUUAUUGUUGACGAAGCCCACAACAUCAUGGACGCAGUCGCCAAUGUCUAUGCUUCCGAGAUUAGUCUCGGCGAGCUCAAGCGGGGACGACAGAUGCUUGGCGUCUACGUAAAGAGAUUUGGCAAAAAGCUCAAAGGCGAGAAUAGAGUCAUGGUUGCUCAGGUGGCUAGGGUCAUUGACGGUCUCAGCGAAUGGCUCGAUGGGGCAUUGCGAUUCAAGAACGACCAAGGUAUCGUUGAUUCGAAUGCUCUGCUGCAGACAAAGGGCAUAGACCAAAUCAAUUUGUACCAACUCAUCCUGUAUAUCCAAGAGUCCAAGCUUGCCUACAAGAUUGAGGGAUACGCUACUCACAUCGAGGAACAAGGCGAUCAGAGCACACGAGCUGGAUCUUCGACGCCCGUCUUGCACAGUCUUCUCUCUUUUCUAGUAUCCUUGACAAAUCUAGGCUCCGAAGGACGCAUCUUUUACCACAAAUCACCAAAGUCCAACGCACUGCAGCCAGAUAUCAAGCUUUCGUAUCUUUUAUUGUCACCCACAUAUGCUUUUUCUUCGAUUGCGUCUAGCGCUCGCGCUGUCAUCCUGGCAGGAGGAACCAUGUCGCCCUUUGAUGACUAUACGGCACAUUUGUUUCCAGACUUGCCGUCGUCCAAGAUCACCACGCUCAGUUGUGGUCACGUUAUCCCCAGCUCAAACUUGUGCGUUUGGACACUCGGCGGCACCCAGCCGGGCGUGGAGUUCGAAUUCAGCUUCCAGAAACGCAGCGACAAGACCGUGAUCCACGAACUUGGCAUGUCCAUUCUCAACAUGUGCACCGUCGUUCCAGAUGGCAUGGUUGUAUUUUUCCCCAGCUAUGGAUAUCUGGAUGAGGUGGUUUCAGCCUGGAGCGACUUGCCCCCAGGAACUGGAUCUACCAAGCAGCAAUCGAUAUGGGCAAGACUUCAAGCCAAAAAGGCACUGUUUAGAGAAAGCAAGGGUGGCUCCAGCGAUGAGGUCCUCGCACAGCACAGUGAAGCCAUCCUAGGCGACCCGUCCAAGCCUGGGGCCAAAGGCAACGGCAAAGGGGCUCUCCUCCUGAGCGUCGUCGGCGGAAAGAUGAGCGAGGGCAUCAACUUUUCUGACCGCCUCGGCCGCUGCGUUGUCAUUGUCGGACUUCCCUACCCCAACAUCAACUCGCCAGACUGGAAAGCGAGGAUCGAGUACAUUGAGACCACAACCACCAACCGGUUGGUCUCGGGCAGUUCGCCGAUAUCCAAGACUGAAGCGACACUCGUGGCGAAACAGGCGGCGAGAGAUUUUUACGAAAACGCGUGCAUGCGCGCAGUGAACCAAAGUAUUGGCAGAGCCAUUCGACACAGGGGAGAUUACGCAGCCAUUGUUCUUGUCGAUCGCCGCUUCAGCACCGAUAGGAUCAAAAAGAAGCUUCCAGGAUGGAUUCAAGGUGGCCUGGUAGAGGGAAGUGAAAAGGGUGGACUCGGGCAAAUGAUGGGUAAGCUAUCUGGCUUCUUUAGAGGUAAACGGAACCAGUAA